AUGGCAAUCUCAGCGUUAGCUUUAAUUUUAUGUUUGCUUAUUGAAAUAUGUUCGUCUAAACAUAUAUUUGUUAUCAAUAGUGAUCCUGAAAGUCCCGAAGACGAAUUAGUUUCUGUAGUUGCAUUAUAUAGACAUGGAGAUAGAUCACCAAUUUCGUCGUUUCCAAAUGAUCCCUACUACAACAGUUCUUACUGGCCCGAAGGUUAUGGACAAUUACUAACUAAAGGUAUUCAGCGACAGUACGACUUAGGAAAAUGGCUAAGAACCCGUUAUGACACAUUUUUGCCAGCGGACUACUCUCCAAAGGAUAUUCUAGUAUACUCCACCGACAUAGAUCGCACGCUGAUGUCCGCAGAAGCAAACCUUGCUGGACUUUACCCACCCACUGAAUCCCAAGUCUGGGAAGAUGGUUUCUUCUGGCAACCUAUCCCAGUUCAUCUAAUGGCGACAGAUGAUCCUGUAUUCGCCAUGAACGUCGAUUGUCCCAAAUUCAACAAGCUUCAAGAAGAACUCGAAGCAUCGGAAUUUUUCGAGAACGUCUACAAAGAAAACAGGGAUAUGUUAAAAAGCUUGUCUAACUUCACUGGAAUGAACGUCUCUUCCUUAGGAAACAUACGAAUGAUUUUCGAAGUGCUUUAUAUCUAUCGUAACCACAACGAAUCUUAUUUACCUUCUUGGGUUGAGAACAUAGAUCAAGAGAAACUAGCUUAUUUAGCCGGAUUGGGAUUUGCCCAGGCAACAUUUACUGAGGAAUUAAGAAGGCUAGGAUCAGGUCCAUUUUUAAAUUACCUUAUAAGUUACUUCAGUGAUGUCAUAAAUAACGCUACAGACGUUAGUAAGUUCUUAAUGUUUUCUGGACAUGACGGAACCAUAGUAGCAGCUUUGGGAGGAAUGGGCGUUUUCGAUAAUCGCCCACCCGAAUUUGCUUCUGCAGUAAUAUGGGAACUUCGAAGGAAUACCAAGAAGGAAUAUUACGUUAAUGUUUUACACAAAAAGAAUAGUACGGACGCGUAUGAGCAGCUGUCAUUGGAUAACUGCGACUUCGAUUGUGCAUUUAAUGAUUUUAAAACUAAUUUAGAAGCGAUAAGCGUCGACAGUGGAACGUGGGGAAAGGAAUGUGAAAUAAAUGAUCCUGAAGAUCCCGAAGACGAAUUAGUUUCUGUAGUCGCAUUAUAUAGACAUGGAGAUAGAUCACCAAUUUCGUCGUUUCCAAAUGAUCUCUACUACAACAGUUCUUACUGGCCUGAAGGUUAUGGGCAACUAUUAAGUAAAGGCAUCUUACGACAAUACAACUUAGGAAAAUGGCUAAGAACUCGUUAUGACACAUUUUUACCAGCAGACUACUCUCCAAAGGAUAUUCUAGUAUACUCCACUGACGUAGAUCGGACGCUUAUGUCCGCAGAAGCAAACCUUGCUGGACUUUACCCACCCACCGAAUCCCAAAUCUGGGAAGAUGGUUUCUUCUGGCAACCUAUCCCAGUCCACCAAAUGGCGACAGAUGAUCCUGUAUUUGCCAUGGAUGCCGAGUGUCCCAAAUUCAUCAAGCUUCAAGAAGAACUCGAAACAUCGGAAUUUUUCGAGAACGUCUACAAAGAAAAUAGGAAUAUGUUAAACAGCUUGUCUAACCUCACUGGAAUGAAAGUCUCUUCCUUAGGAAACAUGCGAAUGAUUUUCGAAGUGCUUUAUAUCUAUCGUAACCACAACGAAUCUUAUUUACCUUCUUGGGUUGAGGAUAUAGAUCAAGAGAAACUAGCUUAUUUAGCCGGAUUGGGAUUUUCCCAGGCAACGUUUACUGAGGAAUUAACAAGGCUAGCAACGGGUCCAUUUUUAAAUUACCUUUUAAGUUACUUCAAUGAUGUCAUAAACAACGCUACCGAUGUUAGCAAGUUCUUAAUGUUUUCUGGACAUGACGGAACGAUAGCAGCAGCUUUGGGAGGUAUGGGAGUUUUCGAUAAUCUCCCACCCGAGUUUGCUUCUGCAGUAAUAUGGGAACUUCGAAGGAAUACCAAGAAGAAAUAUUACGUUAAUGUUUUACACAAAAAGAAUAGUACGGACGCGUAUGAGCAGCUGUCAUUGGAUAACUGCGGCUUCGAUUGUGCAUUUAAUGAUUUUACGACAAAUUUAGAAUCGAUAAUUAUCGACAGAGAAACGUGGAAAAAGGAAUGUGAAAUAAGUGGUUCCGUACGACUUGUAUUUUCUUGGUCUCUUCUGUUCAUGGUUAUAGUUCUAAAAGUUCUAAAGUUUUCAUAGAUGAAGAAUACACCAGGGAUAAAUUUUUAUCAUUUUUAUCUACAAGGAGAAUUAAUUUAACACUUCAAUAUUUAUCAUUAUCACUAUCAUUAAAUUGUGAAAUAUUUUGAUAAGAUAAAAUAGGUUUAUAUUAAAUUAUUAUUACGUCAGUUACGGAUUCAAUGUUAAA